CAAGGUCCGGGUAGGAGGGGUCGGAGGCUCAAUCUUUCUGACUGACUUGUGUCUAGGACUGGCUUGUCCACUGUGGGACAGGGGAACGGACUGGUGGCGUCGCUGGCGCUCGCUCUACGGCGGCAAGAUUGUCUUGAGAAUCUUCACUGAAAGCUUUGCUGGCAAGCAGCCAUGGCAAAUAAAGGGCCCUCGGCCUCUGCAUCCACUGAGAAUUCCAGUGCAGGGGGGCCCAGUGGCAGCAGCAAUGGCACUGGUGAGAGUGGAGGGCAGGACAGCACCUUCGAAUGCAACAUAUGCCUGGACACAGCCAAGGAUGCUGUCAUCAGCCUGUGUGGCCACCUCUUCUGUUGGCCGUGUUUACAUCAGUGGUUGGAGACAAGACCUAACAGACAAGUAUGUCCAGUUUGUAAAGCUGGAAUCAGCCGGGACAAGGUCAUCCCACUCUAUGGCAGAGGCAGCACUGGACAGCAGGAUCCCAGAGAGAAGACUCCUCCUCGUCCUCAAGGCCAGAGGCCAGAGCCAGAAAAUAGAGGGGGAUUUCAAGGAUUUGGGUUUGGAGAUGGUGGCUUUCAGAUGUCUUUUGGAAUUGGAGCAUUUCCAUUUGGGAUAUUUGCCACAGCAUUUAACAUAAAUGAUGGAAGGCCUCCUCCAGCUGUCCCUGGGACACCCCAGUAUGUGGAUGAGCAGUUCCUGUCACGCCUUUUUCUAUUUGUCGCCCUGGUGAUCAUGUUCUGGCUCCUGAUCGCCUAAUACAGGACCUUGUUUACAUCUACAGCAGCACCUCUGGAUUGGUGAUAUGCCGCACCCACGCCUGUGUUUGAUUUAUUUAAUCCUGACCCCUGGGAUCAAGGGUCAGAAACACAUCAAGGAGUCUUGCUUCUCCAUUAGAGCUUUGGAACUCAAAACCAGUUGGCGAGGAACCCCCACUUUCACCACUGCUGUAAACACUCUUCUAUAAGCUCAGGUCUUGUGUUGAAUCACCUCUCAUGGGUGGCAAUGUGAAGCCCUGCUCCAGCCUCCUCAGCAGGUCCCAGCUCUGCACGGGGAAGAGAUGGGAAGAAAGAAACAGUUUCUUUCACAAGAACUUUUAAAUUACAAAAAUGAAGGGAUGAACCAAAUGGUAUUUACAGAAACUUACUUUCAUCUUUUACAUACUCCUUGGUAAGUGGCCUCUACUCCCUAACCUGAGAGACUCCCUUCCACAUCCCAGUACUGCUCCUCCUGCCUUCCCCUUCCUUGGCAAAGACAUAAGAAUUACUGCCCAAGAAGGCUGAUUACAGAAGCAGAAACUGAAGAUACACAUGACCUUACUCUGGUCUUUGAUUGGCUCUGGGCCUUCUUCAGUGUCUUGGCCCUAGAAAGCAGCUUGAAUGACCUGCUGGCUUCCUGGUAUAAGAUUGUCCCUAAUGUCAUUUGACUCAGAUUUCCUAUCAGCCUUCUCCUCUAGACUGCUGCUGAAUUCAGACUGACUACUCUGCUUCAGGGCUGAUGCAGCAACAGCAGGACCGGUAACCCCUUCCCCUAGGCUGUAGAAGCCUGAGUCAUUCUCUCCCAGAACUUGCCCAGAGACACUGGAGGCUUUCUCAGGUCAGCCUAGCUGCAUGUAGAACACUACCACCCUCAGAAGCCAUUGUCCUUUUAAAAAGAGACUGGGACUCUUGAUUUCAUCUGAUACUGGUUUGGCUUCAUGGAUUUGAAUGUGUACUGAACCCAGGGACACCUGAGGCUCCUGAGCAAGCAACCCUUGGUGACAUGUAAUGCAAGGACCACAGAGAUACAGUGUGGUCAUCAUUCCUUAUUCUUCCUCACAUUGAUUUGUUCCUGAACUUAUAAGCUGUUUCCUCUGAAUCUGAUUGUGGGAUUGUGGUGCCAGGCAGGAAAACAGUUCACAUGCUGAGACAGUUCUUGCUCUGUCUGUCGGGCCUCAUCUUAGAAAUGUCACCUCUUCCUGGAGACCUCAGCAGGGCAUCAAGAUGAGCUUCUACUGGACCCUUUUGUUCACUUCUCCAGCUCCCACUGCCCCAGCAAUAAUAGAAACUGGGAGAAAGCCUUGCCUGGUGAUUUUCCUAGAUGUAACUCUAUAUAAUAAUCUGCCGGGCAGUGGUGGCGCACGCCUUUAAUCCCAGCACUUGGGAGGCAGAGGCAGGCGGAUUUCUGAGGUCGAGGCCAGCCUGGUCUACCGAGUGAGUUCCAGGACAGCCCGGGCUACACAGAGAAACCCUGUCUCGAAAAAAAAAAAAAAUAAUCUAUGGAACCCUAGACCUUGAGGAUGGUGAAAGAGCCCUCCUCCUCACUGCACAGUCCUCACCUGCCAAUGCCAGUGUUAGUGUUGAAAUGAAUACAGUAUGAAGGAUUGUGUAGGAGGGUGGUUUGACAACUCUAGCUGGUAAGAAUAAGCCACCAACUUUUAUGGUAUGCCUGACAGAUUUUAAAUAUUCUUUGUCACUUGGAAAUCCCCAGUCACAGGGGCCCCUGGAGAGUGUCUCUGUUCUAGAGAGAAUUGGUAGGAUCCCUCAGUAUAGCAUGGCCCUAAGUAGUAGAGGGAAAACUUAAGCCAAUGAACACAAAGGAGAUGAGAGAGGGGUUGUGAGUAGCAGAGUAAGCCAUUUGGAAUCCGGUAAAAUGGAUGAUUCAGGUGUGCACCAGCAAAAUCAUCCUAGGGCAUGCAGUAGCACAGCUGUGGUGGCAUGUGCCCUUUGUGAACAUUACAGGGCUAUACAUCUGUCAGCAGCUGAGGCAAGACAGCCAACUUGGGCUUUAUGGGCCAUUCCUCUACAUUCUUCACCCCUCAUCCCAAGGCCAAGGCAGCUUUCCCUUCUGUGUUUUCUGUGUCCUCGGGCUCCACCUUUCUGCCACCUCCAUGGACAAGGACAAUGGGAACAUGAAAGGCAGCAUACCUUGACCAGCCCCUGAUUUUCACUGUUGUGAAAGUGAUUUGAUUUAGAAUUAAAUGGUUUUACAUUAU